CGUCUGAAGAAAAGUGUGUCUGCCUUUCUAAUGUUAACAACAACAACAACAACAAAAGCGCUUUUGGAAGAAAGGUUCGAUAUACCUUCUCUACAGACGGAAGCCACUCGCGCGACUCGUCCCGAUGGCGAUCGAGUCCAGCAAUUAAACGCAAGUGGCCAGCGCCAUUAAACGCGCGAUAAUGAUGGCCAAUAAUUGCUACCUUAUAUGUGAGUGUUGUUAUUAUUUUUUUUUACGUACGGCUCAAAGCGUACAAUCGUAUGCUUCCUUCAAUCGCCGGCUCACAUAUAAGACCGAAGAAGAAGCAUCGCGGGCCUUUAGGUUUCCUUCUUAGAGCGUGUUCUUUCGCUGUUGGUGAGCUUGGGGCCGUAAGCCAGACAAGAUAUCUGCAAGUACCAGCGCGAAACUAAUUGGUUGAUUUGUAGGUUGGGGCCUUUCGCAAACACGGCUCGGUGACGUUGAAUUUGCAUCAGAAACGGUAUCAAUUUCCUAGUUCUACAAACAACACCCAUAUAUCCCACUUGAAACGCCAGGGUAAAGUCCCACAGGUUGAAGUCUGCGGGGUGUAAAAGUCAGUCAGCCACCUCUUGUUGGGAGGAUUACCGACGGCUUCACGAGCUGAUUAUUAGCACCGUGUGCGCCAACGGAUUCGUUCGGUGAUUGGCUACUAGCAGUUGUAACGAUGCGAUCGCACACUUGUGAAUUCUCGAGCGACGGUGGCAUCCGUGCGACAAUACGGGGGUUCGUCGUCCAGCCACUCGAACCAAUCGGCACUGCUGCUGCUCUGGCUGCAUCUCGGCAAUCACUUAUCGGAGAUAGCAACACGCAAGAACGCUGGGCGGUAUAUAUUAUAGCACAGUGGGCAUUGAACCACUAGCAUUGCAGUGUACACACAUCAACACUCGUGGUGACAGUGCGCGUCGCGGUGACGACGAUCUACUUUCCUUCUGUUCACUUGUACCAGUUCCACCAGGCAACAGGCAGGCUCGAGCAAGGUAAGCUUCCCCAGAGUCGAACGGAUCAUCCAAGCACAGCAGGUGGCAGUAUGCCGGUCAUCGACGCACCGGUUGGUACGGUUUCAUCAUCGGCACAGUAAAACGGCGUCUUCGAUCAACCUUUUUGGAGCACAGCAUUCAACCAAACCACAACAAGAGUCUGUGACAUACAGAUAACGGGAAAGAAAGAUCGAGAGAGAGAGAGUGAGUGAGGGUGAGAGAGAGAGAGAGAGCGAGAGCGAGAAAGAGGCCAUCGAUAAGGAAAGUUAUAAAGAGACCGGACAGUAACGCAAUGGAUCAACGGUUGGGUCAAUUUUCUGGCGUAAAGUGGAGUAAACUGCGCAUGGCGCUGGCCGUUCUGGCCCUAGCAAUCGGUACGACCGGCGCAUAUCGAGUCGGCGUAGGCCGCGCGGACUGCACUGGACCGUCGGUGGAAAUAACGUUUAUGGGCUACGCGCAGGUGACGCAGCGCGGAACCGGCAUCCAUCUGCGCCAGUACGCGCGCUCGUACGUCAUCGAGGACGAGAGCGGCACGCGGGUGGUGUUCGUCAGCGUCGACGCGGGCAUGAUGGGGCACGCGGUCAAGCGGGACGUUCUGGCCGUGCUGCAGAAGAAGUACGGCGAGCUGUACACGCACGCGAACGUCGUCAUCAGCGGCACGCACACCCACUCGACGCCGGGCGGCUUCCUGAUGUACCUACUGUACGAUCUGACCUCGCUCGGCUUCGUGCCGGAGACGUUCAACGCGCUCGUGCACGGCAUCGCGCAGAGCGUCAUCCGCGCCCACAACAAUCUGGUCGAGGCGCGGCUGUACGUCGCCGAGACGGAGGUGCUCGAGGCGAACAUUAACCGCAGCCCGAGCGCGUACGAGAACAACCCGGAGGAGGAGCGGGCCCAGUACCGGCACAACGUGGACAAGACGCUGGUGCAGCUGCAGUUCGUGCACGCGCGGACCGGCGCACCGUUCGGCGCGAUCAACUGGUUCGCCGUCCAUCCGACUUCGAUGAACAACACGAACCGGCUGGUGUCGAGCGACAACGUCGGGCUGGCAGCGAUCCUGCUCGAGCAGGAGCGCAACCCGGACGCGCUCGUCGGCAAGGGCGACUUUGUCGGUGCGUUCGCGUCCAGCAACCUCGGCGACGUGUCCCCCAACAUUAACGGGCCGAAGUGCGAGAAGACGGGCUUGCCGUGCGAUGUGCUCACGUCGUCCUGCCCGUCCGGCGCUGGGGCCUGCUUUGCGUCCGGCCCGGGGCGCGACAUGUUCGAAAGCACCGAGAUAAUUGCCGACCGGCUGUACCGGGCGGCCGCCGGCCUGCUCAGCACGCGCACGACGAAGGCGCGCGAAGUGACCGGCCCAGUCGCGUUCGUGCACCAGUACGUGGACAUGACCACCACCGAAACGGUACACUUCGAUCGGGUGACGCAAACACCGGUGCGGGUGCGCGGCUGCCUGCCCGCGAUGGGGUACAGCUUUGCCGCCGGCACCACCGAUGGGCCCGGGGCGUUCGACUUUCAGCAGGGCACGAUCACGGACAACGUGCUGUGGAAUGCGGUGCGCGACUUUAUCGCGGAACCGACGCAGGACGACAAGGACUGCCAGGCGCCGAAGCCGAUCCUGCUGGCGACGGGCCGGGCCCGCUUCCCGUACGACUGGCAGCCGAAGGUGGUGCCGACCCAGCUGCUGGUGGUGGGCGACUUCGCGAUGGCGGCCGUGCCGGGUGAAUUUACCACGAUGGCGGGCCGGCGGCUGCGGUCGGCUGUGGCUCGCGCCUCGGUGGCGGCGGGCGGUCGCGACCUGCAGGUCGUCGUCGCCGGGCUGUCCAACAUGUACAGCAGCUACAUUACCACGCCGGAGGAGUACGAAAUACAGCGGUACGAGGGUGCGUCCACGCUGUACGGACCGCACACGCUCACGCUCUACCUGGAGCAGUACAAGCGGCUGGCGGGGGCGCUGGUGCGCAACGAAACGGUACCGGCCGGCCCGACGCCACCGUACGAGGACGACAAGCAGAUAUCGCUCACGACCGGCGUCAUCUUCGACUCGCACCCGCUCGGGAAGGAGUUCGGCGACGUGAAGGUACAACCGGAGGCAGCAUACGAGCGGGGUGCCACCGUCAGUGCCGUGUUUAUUGCGGGCAAUCCGCGCAACAACCUGAUGCACGACAAAAGCUUCUUCACGGUCGAGCAGCAGCAGCCGGACGGCAACUGGAGUGUGGUCGCUACCGACGCCAACUGGGAAACAAGGUUCCGCUGGGAGCGCACCUCGACCAUAUUAGGCUUCAGUGACAUCGAGUUCAGCUGGACGAUAGGACCCAACACACUGGACGGGCUGUACCGCAUCCGACACUUUGGCUACUACCGCUACAUACUGGGCGGUGUCUACCCGUACGUGGGCGCAACCAACGCCUUCAGCGUCAAGUGAUGGGCGAGCGCAUCGGUCACUCCCUCCUCAUUCGACGCCAUAGCAGUUAAGGAGUGGAGUAAUUGUGAAAAGAUAGAUGAAUGUUCAGGCGAGAAUUUGAAGUGAAAUCAAUAGGUUGGUGGACCCAAUCAAUGUAUCUAUGAGUGUGUGUAUGAGUGGGAGCGCGCCUGGGAGAGCAACAAGAUGGUAACAAACAAAAGGAGGAAGGAAAAACAAAACAACAAAACAUUCCACACCUAUUUUGCAAACCAAAUAGACUAGUCACUGGAUCAUUAUGGCGCUUAGCUAGAAGGA